UUCCACGCGCCAGAGAGCGAGCCGAGCAAGAGUCGAGGCGCUUCAUCAUGGCGGACCUGGAAGACGUUACGCUGGACGGGAGGCCGCUCCAAUCCCUCCGAGUGGCGGACCUGAAGGCGGCCCUGGAGGAGAGAGGGCUCUCGAAGAGCGGGCAGAAAAAUGCGCUCGUCAAGCGGCUCAAAGGGGCUCUCAUGCUGGAAAACCUCCAGAAGACUUCCACCCAUCAUACUGGUCUGCAGCCAAACUCCCAGAUUGGGGAGGAGAUGAGUCAGAACAGCUUUAUUAAACAGUACCUUGCAAAGCAACAGGAGCUUCUUAGGCAGCGUUUGGAGAGAGAGGCACGUGAGGCAAUUGAAACUGAUGACCAUGAAGACCAUGGCGAGACUAACGAUAACAACAUUUGUUCUGCAUCAAAUGAGGAUACUGCCGCUGAAGUAAUUGACCAAAAUAAACCUGCUGCCCCAGUGGGUGAGGGAUUUGUCGCUACAAGGCGUGGAAAUGCUCACAGGGAAAGAGACAUUCCUAUACAUCCAUCGCCCUCUGCACCUCGCCAACCAGAUGCAGAAUCGCCUUCGUCUGUCAGAGUCAGGCGUGGAAGGGAUUUCAAGUCCGCUUCAAGUCAUGUACCUGUUGAUAGUGAUGAGGAUAAUGAAGCUGGAGAGGAUAACGAUGAGGAAGAAGAGUGGAAUAUGGCUGCUCAGCAGAGUAAAAGAGCAAAGAUGCCCAAAACCCGACCAGUUAGGGAGAGGUCUGGGAGUUCACGUCAGCCACAGCCCCCACCACACAGACCCUUACUGUCUCAACCGCUCAGACAGCCCACACCUCCUCCUUCGCCGCCUCCUGAACUUUCAUUCCCUCUUCCAGACACCCCUAAACAGAGUCCACCUAGUCCAGAACUCUCGCCUAGACAGCAAACAUCUAGCACAUCAGGCUCUGAGAGCUCUAGUAGCAGUAGUCGUAGCAGCAGCCCUGAACCUGGAAGCGAUCAUACUGAACGCAAGCCAGGCCCACUCAGCCUGCUUGCUCAGAAGAUGGAGUCAGAGGGAGCUUUCUCUGGAGCAGGCCGAGGUGGACGUGUGGAGGACGAAGCGGGUGCUGACGUUCUCUCUGCAUUUGCAGGCAAAGGCCACCCAGGAACUGUAUCUGCAAUUACCCACACGGCAAAUGCAACACAACGCAAGCGUUCUUUGAAACGUGAUAGACUGGCGAGAGAAGAAGCUAUGGAGCGGGAAGAAAGUGAAAGAGUUUUGCAACGAGAAAGGGAAGAAAACGAGAAAGCUUUAGAGCGAGAGAGACUUGAGAGACAGCUAGCUUUAGAGCAAGAGAAAUUGGAAAAAGAACUGGAGAGAGAACAAGCUCUGGAGAGAGAGAGACUUGAAAAGGAGCGUCUUGAGAGGGAGAGGCUAGAGAAGGAGAGGCUAGAAAAGGAGCGCUUGAAGAGGGAGAGGUUAGAGAAGGAGAGGCUGGAGAAGGAGCGCUUGGAGAGGGAAAGACAGGAAAAAGAGAGGCUGGAGAAGGAGCGCAUGGAGAGGGAACGCCUUGAGAAGGAGAGGCUAGAGAAGGAGAGACUGGAGAAAGAGCGCCUUGAGAGGGAAAGGCUGGAGAAAGAGCGCCUUGAGAGGGAGAAGCUGGAGAGGGAGCGCCUUGAGAAGGAAAGGCUAGAAAAAGAACACCUGGAGAGGGAGAGGCUGGAGAAGGAGCGUUUGGAGAGGGAACGCCUUGAGAAGGAGAGAUUAGAAAAGGAACGCCUUGAGAAGGAGAGGUUAGAAAAGGAACGCCUUGAGAAGGAGAGGUUAGAAAAGGAACGCCUUGAGAAGGAGAGGUUAGAAAAGGAACGCCUUGAGAAGGAGAGGUUAGAAAAGGAACGCCUUGAGAAGGAGAGGUUAGAAAAGGAGCGCCUGGAGAAGGAGAGGCUGGAGAGGGAGCGUCUUGAGAAGGAAAAGUUGGAAAAGGAGCGCUUUGAGAAGGAGAGGUUAGAAAAGGAACGCCUUGAGAAAGAGAGGCUGGAGAGGGAGCGCCUUGAGAAAGAGAGGCUGGAGAAGCAGCGCCUUGAGAAAGAGAGGCUGGAGAAGGAGCGCCUUGAGAAAGAGAGACUGGAGAAAGAGCGCCUUGAAAAGGAGCGCCUGGAGAAGGAGCGCCUUGAGCAGGAGAGGCUGGAGAAAGAGCGCCUUGAGCAGGAGAGGCUGGAGAAAGAGCGCCUUGAGCAGGAGAGGCUGGAAAGAGAGCGCCUUGAGCAGGAGAGGCUGGAGAAAGAGCGCCUGGAGAAGGAGAACCUGGAGAAAGAGCGCCUGGAGAAGGAGAGGCUGGAGAAAGAGCGCCUGGAGAAGGAGAGGCUGGAGAAAGAGCGCCUGGAGAAGGAGAAGCUGGAGAAAGAGCGCCUGGAGAAGGAGAAGCUGGAGAAAGAGCGCCUUGAGCAGGAGAGGCUGGAAAAAGAGCGCCUUGAGCAGGAGAGGCUGGAGAAAGAGCGCCUUGAGCAGGAGAGGCUGGAGAAAGAGCGCCUUGAGCAGGAGAGGCUGGAGAAAGAGCGCCUUGAGCAGGAGAGGCUGGAGAAAGAGCGCCUUGAGCAGGAGAGGCUGGAAAAAGAGCGCCUUGAGCAGGAGAGGCUGGAGAAAGAGCGCCUGGAGAAGGAGAAGCUGGAGAAAGAGCGCCUGGAGAAGGAGAAGCUGGAGAAAGAGCGCCUGGAGAAGGAGAAGCUGGAGAAAGAGCGCCUGGAGAAGGAGAAGCUGGAGAAAGAGCGCCUUGAGCAGGAGCAGCUGGAGAAAGUGCGCCUUGAGCAGGAAAGGCUAGAGAGAGAGCGCCUUGAGCAGGGGAGGCUGGAGAAGGAGCGACUGGAGAAAGAACAAGCUUUGAAGAAGGAGCGGCUGGAGAAAGAACAGGCUUUGGAGAAGGAGCGACUGGAGAAAGAACAAGCUUUGGAGAAGGAACAGCUAGAGAAAGAGAGGCUAGAGAGAGAGCAGGCCUUGGAGAAGGAGACGCUGGUGAACGAAUUAGCUCUGGAGAAGGAGAGGUUGGAGAGAGAACAAGCUCAAGAGAUGGCACGGCUGGAGAAAGAAAGAUUGGAGCAAAAUGAAAGAGAAGAAGCUCUGGAAAAGGAACGAUUGAAGAAAGAAGAGGCUUUGGAGAAGGAGAGGCAGGAGAAAGAACGAUUGGAGCGAGAAGAAGCUUUGAAAAAGGAGAGGCAAGAAAAGGAACGGUUGGAAAGGGAAGAAGCUCUGGAGAAGGAAAGGUUGGAGAGAGAAAAAGCUCUGGAGAAGGAACGAUUGGAAAGAGAAGAAGCUCUGGAGAAGAAGAGGCUAGAAAAGCAGCGGUUGGAGCGAGAAGAAGCUCUGGAGAAGGAACGAUUGGCGAGAGAAGCAGCACUGGAGAAGGAACGAUUAGAGAGAGAAGAAGCUUUGGAGAAGGAGAGGCUGGAGAAGGAACGAUUGGAGAGAGAAGAAGCCUUGGAAAAGGAGAGGCUGGAGAAGGAGCGAUUGGCGAGAGAAGAAGCUUUGGAGAAGGAACGGUUAGCUCUGGAGAAGGAACGAUUGGCAAGAGAAGAAGCUUUAAAGAAGGAGAGGCUGGAGAAGGAACGGUUGGAGAGAGAAGAAGCUCUUGAGAAGGAACGGUUGGAGAGAGAAGAAGCUCUGAAGAAUGAGAAGGAGCGAGUGGAACAAAUGCAAGCUUUUGAAAAGGACAGACUGAAGAGAGAAGCUUUGGAGAAUGAGAGAGUAGAUAGAGUACAACCUUUGGAGAAGGCGCAAUCUCCCCAAUCCUCCUCAAAGAAAUUGCACAUUUUUAAAGAUCCUGUGAAAGAUGUUUCCUUACCACAACCACUCUCUACUUGUCCUACAAGGCCUAACAAUCAAGAUGGCAAUUCAACAGAGGCUGAUGUAUCUUUGCAGACAAAGUCUCCUAAAGAUGAAAAUGAUAGGGGUUUAGUACCUAAAGCCUCCCUUUUAACAUCCUCCCACAAGACAGGUUCACAAAAUGAAUCGCACAAACAGGUUGAUCAUGAGGUGCCAAAAGAUGAAAAUAAUGUACAGAAAACAUCCUCAGACUCCCAUUCCUCACCAGAACAGCAAGAGAGGGAAGAGAAGAAGAAGAGAGUAAGAAAGGACUCCUCCUCCAGUGACUCUUCAUCUGACUCGGACUCUGAAUCUUCAUCUUCGUCAAGUUCAUCCGGUUCUUCUUCUUCCUCGCAGGAUAAAUGCUCCACAAUAGAUGAUCUGAGGUCAGAAAAAGCCAAAGGAAUCAAGGGAAAGGAAAGCCAAGAGAAAGAAAUCAUGGAUCAGCACAAGGACGUUGCACCAAAACACAGAAAAUAUAGCUUCACAGAGGAACAGGACUUAAGCAGCAAGAGCAUCAGCCCAAGCAAGAAGCCUCGCCUCACAAUGCCGAAUAAAAUGCAGACAGGAAGCAAGAGACGAGAAGACUCUGAUGAGGAGGAUGCUAAAACAGAUGCUGAAAGUAGUGCUGUGAAGGAGGCAGUAAUGGCAGAGCCUGAGAAGGUUCCAGAGAAUACUGAGGAGAGCACCACCCUGAAGACUUUUUCUGCCCGCAAGAUCUCUCUCAGCAGCAGCAAGCCAUCACCUGGUGCCGGGAGCUCAGAGGGAGAGGCUGAGGCUGCACCUGGUACUGCCACGGUAUCAGGCAGGAAGAGAAGAUGGGGCUCGAGCACUACGGUCACUGCCAAGAAGCCCUCCAUCAGCAUCACCACCGACUCUCUAAAAUCCUUGAUUCCAGAUAUCCGGUCAGGCUUGACUCAGGAAGCAGUUCUGGAUCUGCACCCAGAGGAGACGCCCCUCUCUGAAGAAGAGGAUGGAGGAGAUGCAGGAGACCAGGACCUGAAAAUCAGACGAACUGUUACACAGGUUGUACCUGAGACUCAGGAGAAUGGCCAGAAAGAACUGAAACUCUCUGAGCGUGAGGAGGAUCCUGAGGAAGCAGUAGAGGAGCUCUCCUCCCAGAAGAGCAGACUGGAGGCUACCAUGGAGACUGAGCCGUCCUUACCUACACAACAUGUUGAAAUGAAGACUGUAACUACCAGCGAGCCGCUGUUUCGCCGCUCCAUCAGCCAGCAGAAGUCUGGCGUGAGCAUCACCAUUGAUGACCCCGUCCGUGCUACUAAGCAGCCUUCUCCUCCUCGUGGCAAAAUCUCCAACAUAGUUCACGUCUGCAAUCUGGUCAGGCCGUUCACCCUGGGACAGCUGAAGGAGCUGCUGAGCCGCACUGGCACCAUAGUAGAAGAGGACUUCUGGAUCGACAAGAUAAAAUCUCACUGCUAUGUCUCGUACUCCAGUCUGGAAGAGGCACAGGCAACUCGUGCAGCUCUGCAUGGGGUGAAAUGGCCCCAGAGCAAUCCAAAGUUCCUCAGUGUAGACUUCUGCCAAAAGGAGGAGCUGGACUUCCACAGAGGUCUGCUGAUAGGAGAGCGGCCGGCAGAGGAGGAGAGAGGAGCUGCAGCUGGGCCCGGCCUCCGUCCUGCUGGCCCCCCACUACCUCCCCACCCAGAGCGAGAACUGUGGGCUGAGCGCGAGCGAGAGAUGGAGAGGAGGGAGAGAGCGCGUACUGAGCGGGAAUGGGAUCGAGACAAGGUCCGAGAUUUCGGAAAACCCGGAGAAGAGGGGGCGAACAGGCGGUCCCGGUCCAGAGACCGAGAGCGGAAGCGCAAGGAGAGAGGAAAGAGUAAAGAAAAGAAGACAGACAAGAAGGAGAAAGGACCAGAAGAGCCACCUGCAAAACUGUUAGAUGACCUUUUCUGCAAAACCAAAACAGCCCCUUGUAUUUACUGGCUCCCUCUCACUGAAGAACAGGCGGCUCAGAGGGAAGCGGCGCGUGCGGAGCGGAUGAGGGAGCGAGAGAAGAGAAGGAAGGAGCUCCAGCUGGAGGAGGACAAGAAGCGAGAGGAGGAGCGUAAAGAAAGGUUAAAGAGUGGUGGAGGGGAGGGUGAGAGAGAGCGGGACAGGGAAAGAGAGCGGGGCAGGGAGCGGGAGGGAGACAAGCGGAGAGACGGGUACCGCCGGCCAGGUGCAGGCGUCGCUGGUGGGAGCCGUAGGUCCCGCAGUCGCAGCGACCCCCCGCCUAGAGACAAGCGGCGCUGAAGUACACCGGGGGGGGCGUUCUGGAACUGACUGGCCUGUAUGCACCCUUUAGCGUGUGUGCUGCAAAAGCUCUGUUUCCAUUGCCCAGAGACAUCACGUCUGUCCAUCUCACACAAACCACCUGUCCGGACUUUGUGUCUCCCUAUAGACUGCUGUUGUGGUGUCUUCUACCUGGGAACUGAGACGCCACCAGUGUUCCUAUCCCCGUCAGUAUUUUAAGACUUGAUGUAAGUGGGGUCGACUUUGUGCCAUGAAUUUUUCUUCUUUUAAUUUGAACUUCCCCAAACAUCUGGGGAACAGGGCUUUUAAACUACGUUACGUCACAGCUGGUGCUCUGACAGCAGUCGAGGCACUCUGCCCGUAUAGGUCCAGCUCAUUACGGUUCCUAGUGCUGACCUAGGAUUGUGCUGCCUUUCAUAUCCUCAUAACACAGACUCAGACAACAGGGAGCUGAUACUAAAAGGCACUCGUGCUUAAAGUUCAAUGCAGAAACACUAACUGUCCAGCUGUAUUUUCCCUUUGUUUGAGAGGCUCUCCAUUUCCCCCCUAAAGAAAGAGUGAAGAUGCCUUCAGGAAGAAGAGCUUGGUGACCUUCGUCCGAAUCAGCUUCAUCUUCUGGAAACAUUCCUGUCCACCUGUUCUUGGCCUCGAUAUUGUAUACAGCCUUUUGGCUGUCCUGCAUGGAGAAUGGGAUGGAUAUUUUAGUCUUCUCACAUUCGUUUUAAGGUUGUUUUUUUGUUUGGUUGUUUUUUCAUUAUCAUUUUUGGAUUAAAGAACAUUUUUAAUUUUUGUCUACUUCUGUAAGUGCUGAAUGUACAAAUAAAACAUUUAAGAACAGA